AUGUCUUCUGCGACGACAUUCUACGAUUUCGAGCCUCUUGAUAAAAAGGGCGAUCCCUUCCCCCUGUCCUCGCUGAAGGGCAAAGUCGUCCUCGUCGUUAAUACCGCCUCCAAAUGCGGAUUUACCCCGCAAUUCAAGGGUCUCGAACAGCUCUACAAAUCCGUCAAUUCCAAGUACCCGGACUCUUUCACCGUCCUCGGUUUCCCUUGCAACCAGUUUGGCAAUCAGGACCCCGGCAGUAAUGACGAGAUCCAGACGUUCUGCCAGGUGAACUACGGUGUCACUUUCCCCGUUCUGGGAAAAAUCGAUGUCAACGGCAGCAACGCCGCCCCCGUCUUCGAGUGGCUCAAGAGCGAGAAACCUGGCAUCAUGGGACUCAAGCGAAUCAAGUGGAAUUUUGAGAAGUUUCUCGUUGAUAGCAAUGGCAAGGUUGUCGGUCGUUGGGGGAGCAUUACGAAGCCGGAGAGUCUCGAGGAUACGAUCCUGAAGGAGGUCGAGAAGGCGAAGAAGCAGAGUGAGGCCCCCAAAGAGGAGGCCAAAUUGUCUUAA